CAUAAAAAUCCAAGAUGUCUCGAGGAACAAGCACUGGUUUUGAUCGACAUAUUACUAUUUUUUCACCUGAAGGAAGGCUUUAUCAAGUCGAAUAUGCAUUUAAAGCUAUAAACCAGGGGGGGCUCACCAGCGUUGGUGUUCGGGGAGCUGACUCAGCGGUUGUGGUGACUCAAAAGAAAGUGCCGGAUAAAUUGUUGGAUGCCUCAACUGUGACUCAUUUAUUUGAAAUUACGGAAAGAAUAGGCUGUGUAAUGACAGGCCUAAUUGCUGAUUCCAGAUCUCAGGUGCAACGAGCACGUCAAGAAGCCGCAGCCUGGAAGUAUAAGAACGGCUAUGAUAUUACAGUGGAUAUGCUGUGCAAAAGGAUUGCAGAUAUCUCUCAAGUAUACACACAGGAUGCUGGAAUGAGGCCUUUAGGAUGCACAAUGAUGUUGAUUGGUAUAGAUGAUGAAUUGGGUCCACAGUUAUAUAAAACAGAUCCUGCUGGCUACUACUCAGGGUUUAAGGCCUGUUCUGUUGGUGUCAAACAAACGGAAGCAAACAGUUUCUUUGAAAAGAAAAUGAAAAAGAAACCAAACUGGACACAAGAAGAAACUAUUCAGAUGGGUAUAAGGUGUCUUUCAUCUGUUUUAUCAAUUGAUUUUAAACCUUCAGAAAUUGAGGUUGGCAUCGUCACAACAGAUGAACCUAGAUUUAGACCACUAAAGGAAUCAGAAAUUGACAGUCAUCUGGUAGCAAUUGCUGAAAAGGAUUAGACUAUGUAGAAAAAGAAAUUUUGAAAACAUUAUAAUAGCUAAUAUGUUGUACGUAAUGAAUUGUAAUGUAUUGUAAAAGAAGGAAUACAAUACUGUAUGUGGCUUUGUGGUUAACAAGGUUACGGUUAUAGUAGACUGAUCAGACACACCUCUUUUAGUAUGGUUAGUCAUGGCUAUUCUUGCUGGUGUUACAUAGGGGUCAAC